AAGAGAACUCUUCGCUGAACUAAUAUUUCUUUCUUAUCUGUAUUUGUUAAAAAUAUCUCUAUCCAUAAAUUAUUCAAAUAAUUAUCAUUCAACUUACUGUUAGUUUUGAAUUCACGUUAAAUAACCGCAUUCCCUUUGUAACAAACAUAAGAUGACCAGCAAAUUAAUUGACCAGGUAUGCGCAUUUAUUGCACUAUAUUUCUGGUGUGAGAUAUCAAAUCUACGGGCACGUUUUACUUUUGAUAGUUUAAUUAGACCUUUUCUCAUCUUGAAUUAGACUACAUACAAUGCAUUAUUAUAUAAGAAACAUCUGUUGCAAUGAACCUGUGCUUUGUAUUUAGCUUAUCCAAAAUGAAAAUACCGAUGUUUGGCGGACUUCACAAAUUCCAUUCGUAUUCCUAUCUGCUUACGCAAUCAUCAUUAUUCUCCCUAAGACUUCCGAAAUAUUCAAGCUUGCAAACUCGUUUGUUACAUUCGGGAAACAAAACAGAAUUAUUUGGUGAUAAAAAAGAAUCUUGGGUACCCAUAUAUCGUUUCCGUUCCAUAAUUUUUAUCCAGGCGAUCUCACAACUUAAAAUUAUAUUAACUGGCUCAUUAAUUUCUGGCUGUCCAGUAGCUAUAUACAAAUACCUACAUGAUCAAGUUUCUUCCUCAUUAGUUUAUACAUUUCUGGGUUGUGCGGCGUUUUCUCUGUGCAGUCUGAUUAUUUUCAGUUGGCUCAGCAUAAAAAUUGUGGGAGUCGUUAGUAUUCACAGAGAGUCUGGUCUAGUACGCAUCGGACAUUUAACAUUUUGGGGAAGACGUCAAAAUACAAUUUUGAAUUCAGGUCAAAUAGUUCCACCAUCGGAUCUUAACGAAACACCGGGAAAAAAAGUUAUGUUCUUAUUGGGAUAAUUAAUGCAAAUCACAAUUCCACAAAACCUUUGGGUAUUGGAAGAACCUUUCUUCUAACUAGAGUGAGAUCGGAAAUAUUAGACAGAGAAAAAUUCAAGCAGAUUUUCGGAUUUAUAUGAGUUUUAAGUGUUAUCAUGUAUAACAUAUCCCCACACCACGCUUUACAAAUGGAGCACGAUGAUACACUAUUGUAACUGCGGUCAUCGUAAAAUAAGAAAAUAAACUGAUUUAUAAACAUCUUUUAUACUUUCCACUGCUGAUCCUGGUUAGUGAAUUAAGUGAUUCGACGUUAAAAUCUGGCUCAGAAAUAGUUUAAAAUAUCACUGACAUUGAUGGAUGGUAAUGAGAAAUCGAUCCUAAAGAAUCAUUACGGAUUUAGAAGACAACUAACUGUUACUACUAAGUUCGAUUGCUAUUGCAUCGAAUUUAUUUGAUAAUAUGAUUUCUUUCUGUGAGUCUGGUACUCAGAGAUCAUUUCUCACAAUAUAUUUUUUGUAGACAAGUUAAUCUUGGCAAUAAAGUUUAU